AUGAGUAUUUUUAGUUGGAAUUGUCGUGGGCUUGGGAACCCACGGGCCGUUCAAUUCCUUAAAGAUAUAAUAUGUCAAAAGAAGCCCAAUUUUGUUUUUUUGUGUGAAACGUUGUGUAAGGGGGAGAGGAUUAAAAGAAUCCAAUAUCAAUUGGGUUUUGAGGGGAGCCUCUCGGUGGAUGCUGUUGGGAGGAGUGGCGGGCUCGCGUUGUUGUGGAAGCAUAAAGAAGAGAUUCAUUUACUUAGUUACUCGUUGAACCAUAUUGACGUGGUGGUAAGGGUGGAAGGGAUGAGUGAGUGGAGGCUUACUGGAUUUUAUGGGGAGCCUAAUAGGGCAUUUCGUAGACGAACAUGGGAUCUUAUUCGCCAGCUGAGUGAUCGCUCUACUUUGCCCUGGUGCCUGAUUGGGGACUUUAACAAUGUCCUCAGUCAUGUAGAUAAAAAAGGUGGCGUCCCUUAUCCUUCUUGGUUGAUAGAAGGCUUUCAGAAUGUCUUGAACGAUUGUGAGUUAGUUGACAUGGAGCUGAAUGGGUACCAGUUUACUUGGGAGAUGGGUGCUGGAACGGACAGGUGGGUUGAAGUUAGAAUUGACAGAGCUAUCUCGUCGCAUAGUUGGCUGCAAUUGUUCCCAAUGGCUAAGCUCUUCAACCUUGGUAUCUCAACUUCAGACCACUCUCCAUUGUUCUUGGAUCCAAGGUUUGUUCUCCAUGGCCCAUAUGUUAAGAAGUUCAGAUUUGAAAAUGCUUGGCUGAGAGAGCCUUUGUGUCAUCAAGUUGUUGGCGAUGCAUGGGGGAGGCAUCCUGGUAGAGACAUCCUGGGGAAGGUGGCGUAUUGUGGGGAGGUGUUAGGGAGGUGGGGGAAAGAGGUAACGGGGAACCUCAAUUUUAGAAUUGAGGUGAGUAAGAGGCGAUUGUUGAGGCUAAAAGGGAGAAGGGAUGAGGGGGCGAUGAGUAGAUUCAAGGAGGAGAAACAGAAGCUCUUUCAAGCUAUUAGUCAAAAAGAGAUCUUCUGGAGGCAACGAUCAAAGCAGCUCUGGUUGAAAGCAGGAGAUCAAAAUACUAAAUAUUUUCAUGCGGCAGCUAGCGCUCGAAGAAGACAGAAUCAUAUCUCUAGAUUAAAAAAUGCCUCAGGAGAGUGGGUGGAUUGGGAUUCAGGCCUUCAAGACACUAUAGAGGCGUACUUUACGGAGUUAUUCUCAUCGAGCGACACAGAUUGGGGGUUGAUUGUAGAUGGUAUUCAACCUAGUAUCACGGAUCAUCAGAAUAGGGAGCUGUUAAAACCAGUGGAGGCUGAUGAAGUGAGGAUGGCGUUGUUUCAGAUGCACCCAGAUAAGUCCCCAGGUCCUGAUGGUAUGACUCCGGCAUUUUAUCAGAAAUUCUGGAGUAUAGUAGGGAGCGAUGUGGUGAGUUUUGUCAGAUCUUUCUUCAGUAGUGGCUCUCUCCCUACAGGAGUCAAUGAUACUAAUGUGGUGCUUAUACCGAAAAAGAAGAAUCCUGAGCAGAUGGGGGACUUGAGACCUAUUUCGCUGUGCAACGUGUUGUAUAAAGUGGCUUCUAAAGUCCUUGCUAACCGAAUGAAGCAAGUUCUUGAUCAAGUCAUCUCAGAUUCCCAGAGCGCAUUCAUCCCUGGGCGUUUAAUUACAAAUAACAUUAUGGUGUCUUUUGAGAUUCUGCACUAUCUCAAAAGGAAGCGUCGUGGUAGCGAUGGGUUUAUGGCUUUAAAGCUUGAUAUGAUCAAGGCGUAUGACAGGGUAGAAUGGCCUUUUCUCUCAGCAGUACUUGCUCAGAUGGGUUUCGCUGAUAGAUGGAUUAAGCUCCUGGAGUGUUGUUUAUCUUCGGUGCGGUAUAGGGUGGUUUGUGGAGAUAAGGAAAUAGGGCCUAUCUUUCCUGGGCGCGGUCUUCGUCAAGGAGACCCUAUCUCUCCUUAUUUAUUCCUGAUUUGUGCUGAGGGGUUCUCCACAUUGAUAAACCAAUUUGAAAACAGAGGUUGGCUUCAUGGGUGCAAGGUGGCUAGGGGAGCACCUAGGGUAUCUCAUAUGUUCUUUGCUGAUGAUAGCUACUUAUACUGCAAGGCCAAUGAGGUGGAGGCUGGUAAUGUGUUGACUCUGCUGGACUUGUUUGAGAAGGCCUCUGGGCAGCGGGUGAAUCUGGCAAAAUCUUCUGUCUUUUUCAGUUCUAAUACUAGUAGUGACAUGAGGCAUAUUAUUUGUCAGAGGAUGGGUAUACUUGAGGCUGGUGAUCAUAGUAUGUAUCUGGGUCUGCCCAAUACUAUGGGGAGAAACAAAUCAGCAAUUCUCGGUUUUCUGAAGGAGAGGAUCAGGAGUAGAAUUCAGAGUUGGGAUGGGAAGCUUUUAUCAAGAGCUGGUAAGGAGGUGUUGCUAAAAACAGUAGUCCAGUCGCUUCCUAAUUAUGCUAUGAACGUAUUUCUGCUUCCUUUGGAGAUGUGUAAGGAAGUAGAGAGCAUGAUGAGUGGGUUCUGGUGGGGGUCUUCUUCUUCCUCUUCGCGGGGUAUCAGGUGGAUGAGUUGGAAAAGAAUGAGUGUUCACAAGCAUUGUGGUGGGAUGGGUUUUCGCAACCUGAGAGAUUUUAACUUAGCAUUGCUUGGGAAGCAAGGGUGGAGAUUGCUAGUGAGGGAGACUUCGCUUGUUGGAAAAGUCUUCAAGGCGCGGUACUACCCCAAGGGGUCUUUCCUUACUGCUUCUUUGGGGACCAAUCCUAGUUUCAUCUGGAGGAGUAUCCUAGAGUCUCAGGGGUUAGUGGCCAAGGCGGUGCGGCAUAGUAUUGGGUGUGGAGCGAGUACCUCUAUUUUAGAUGACCCUUGGUUGCCAGAUGAGAGCAACCCUUAUGUUCAGUCUGAGCAUCCUGGGUUAUUGGGCAAGAAGGUCUGUCAGCUCUUCAAGGAGGAGAGGAGGGAAUGGGAUCCAGACAUUCUUUUGGAUCUAUUUAAUGAGAGGGAUGUGGAGCUUAUUUUGAGUAUUCCUCUGUGCGACUCGGUUGAUGGGGAUUCUUGGCAAUGGACGAAGGAAACCUAUGGCAUCUAUUCUGUGCGUUCUGCAUAUAAGUUGGCCCAAGAAUCCAAUGGUGGGUGGUCUCCGGCAGAUAGUUCAGGCUUUUGGAGGAAUCUAUGGAACUUAAAGAUCCCCCCAAAGGCUAAAAACAUAUUGUGGCGUGCAACUUCUGGAUGUCUUCCUACUAGCUUACUUUUGAGAUCUCGUCACAUUGAGAUACCUCCAGUAUGUGCUGUAUGUCAGUCUGACCAGGAGUCUAUUUUACACGCUUUGGUGACUUGUCCCUUCGCGAACAGUUGUUGGGCAAAAUCCAAGGUGGGUGUCCUUGUCGGCCCUUUUUCUGAGUUUGGGGACUGGUUUGCAGAGGUUCUGUCUAAAGGGAACAUGGAGAGCGCUGCAGAAGCAGGGGUGUUGUGCUGGGAGAUCUGGAAAGCUAGGAAUACUCUGGUCUGGAAUCAGAAGAGAUCCUUAGUUGAUGAGGUAGUUUUAUCAGCUUCUCUAUUACUUGAUCAAUGGUUAGCUGCUCAGGAUUCUAUGUUGGCCCCCCCUUCUGGUAUAUGGAGGCCUGAUGAUGGUGCUGAGCACUGGACGUGCCCUCAGACAGACGUGAUCAAGGUGAAUGUUGAUGCUGCUAUCUUUUCUUCAGAGGGGAAAUUUGGUAUUGGGUGUGUGGCUAGAGAUGGUGCGGGGCAUCUUAUUGAAGCUUUCUCCUCUUUGAAAGCUGGGAGAGUGAAGCCUCUUGAAGCUGAGGCCCUCGGAUUGAAAGAAGCUCUUAGUUGGAUAAAGAGAAAGGAGUGGAGACCUGUGGUCUUGGAGACCGACUGCCUUAAUGUGGUGCAUGCUGUGCGUAGUGAGGUCGAUAUGGUUUCUACUUUUGGUCUUAUAAUCAGAGAUUGUAAGAGUCUUCUUAAUGAUCUGUGUAAUGUGGAUCUUUUCUUUGUUAAACGGUCUGCCAACAAGGUUGCUCACUACAUUGCUAGAGCAUCUUGUUCUUUUGCUUGCUGUAUUCAUAUAGGGGAUGUUGUACCCCCUCCUUUGUUGUCCCUCUUAUUAGAGGACUCGUUGAAUCAAUAA